UGGGUCCGUUGCUUCAUGUCUCGUUUCUUCGCAGCGCUGGCCUUACCUGACCCCGACCCGGAAGAAGCAAGCUACGAUGACUAUGAGUACGAGGAGGAGCCCGUCGACUAUGGCCAGGCCCCGGAAUUCAAGCACCCGGAGCCCCAGCAGCUGACGGGCGUGGAGGGAGGCAAGGUGACCAUCCCCUGCCAGCUGACCGACGACAAAUCCCCGUACGUGCUCAUCGUGCAGAAGGAGGCGACGGACACGGAGAAGGAGAAGCUGCUCUUCGUGGGGGAGCUGAAGGUGUUACGCAGCCGCCGCUACAAGCUGGACAAGGGCAUGGUCGAGAUCUCCAGUCUGAGGCCGUCCGACUCUGGGAACUACGUCUGUCGCAUCCAGGUUGACCCCCACAUCGAGGUGGUGCAUCAUCUCGACGUGCAGUACAGCCCCAAGAUCACCUACAACUCGGACGCAGAGCAGCAUGUGAUGAAGGACGAGAGUGUCAAGCUGGAGUGCGAGGCGAGCGGCAACCCGGCGCCUACCAUCCGCUGGUCCAGGGAGGAGGGUCACCUGCCUUCCGGAGCCGAGGAGGAGGAGGGCCUGAGCAUGACGCUGGAGGGUGUGGACCGGCACGUCGAGGGCACCUACGUCUGCACGGCCAGCAACGGCAUUGGAGAACCCCAGAGUGCCGACAUGUCCGUCUACGUCAACUACCCACCCGAGAUCAUCACUGAGAAGACCACCGUGCGUACCGGCGAGGGGGACAAAGUGGAGCUGGUGUGCAUCGUCCACGCCCGGCCGAACGCCAAGGUGGAGUGGAGCAAGGACAGCAGCCCCAUCGAGGACCCGGGACACUCCGAGGAGAUGGACAAGGGCCACCGACACUCCAUCCAGAUCAGCGACGUUACUGAGAGCGACUUCGGCGAGUACAAGUGCACGGCCACAAACGAUUACGGCUCCUCCUCGGCCUCCAUCCACCUCACGGGGUACCCCAAGCCGCCCCAUGUGACCAGCGACCCCAACGGCGGCGAGGAGACGUCCUACACCCUCACCUGGGAGACGGAGAGUUACUACCCCAUCCUGGAAUACCGCCUCCGUUACCGCAAGGACAAGGCCAACGUGUCCUCAGACCUUCCCGCGGACUGGCAGGAGGACACAUAUGAGGCGGCGGACCUGGAGACAGACGGCCUGGUCCACCGCAUGAAGCACACCCUUGACGGACUCCAGCCGGCCACCGACUACCACGCCGCCAUUCAGGUCAAGAACAAGUUCACGUGGAGCGCCAACACCGAAUACGCCUUCUCCACCAAGAAAGUUCCACCCACUACCACCACCACCCCCUCUGCCACCCAACCCACAACCACCACCACCUCCACCACCACUCUACCCCCUUCCACCCUAGCGGAGGGCUCAGAGGGUGGAGUGGAUGGCGCCACCCAAGAGAUGGCGGUCCACCACGUAACCGACGGGGCUCCUGCCUGCAGCCUCAGCGCCCUGCUCCUCCUGCUGCCCACGCUGAUGCUGCUCAGAACCUAAACUCCCAAGACUAGUUCCUGCUACACCAGAUAAGUUUCCACUGCCUCCCACGUCCUAAUUGGCUUAAGAAUCAAGUUUGCUUCUGCUUCAUCUCAGCAGUCUCAAGCUUCCAUCUGUGACCAGUCAAACACGACGUUAUCUCAAGAAAAAAAAAUUUAAUUAGCUGUAAUUGGUUUAAAUGAUUGUUACAUUAUUAGACUUGCAUCCCUGAGUAUUAUAUUUCAUUAGUUACCGUGUCAGGAAACAUAAGUGUAGCACUGCAGUGAAGGCGUCAUCUUGGUUGUAUUAGGGCCGGGUUUGUGUGUGCUGAUAGCAGUGUGGUGCCGGCAGUGACCUCCGUUGCUGCUGGUGCUAAGCUAGUCACAUCAUGGUUGCUUGAGUUGGUGCUUCUGAAUCACACAAGUCUGAAAGAGAAUAAGGUAAAUAAUACUUUUAUGCUCUGUGGAAGGAACUAGGAAGUUCUGCUUAGCUUCUUUCAGAAUGAUGCAGCUGUCAAGGCCAAGCUGAAGCAGUCAGUAUAUGGUAGUGGUGUGACAGGAUUUAAAUGGCAUACGUUCGGAGCAGUUAGCAAAAUUUAGCUUAAUAUUCAUCAAAGCUCAAAAGUUGCAUUACAAUUCAAAAUUUGGAAACAAGAAUGCCAGAGUGGGCAGCAGUGUGUGUGUGUGUGUGUAUGUCCAGAGUGGGCAGCAGUGUGUGUGUGUGUGUGUGUGUGUGUGUGUGUGUGUGUGUGAGAGAGAGAGCAAGCUGUUACCUGUCCGGGCAGUACUCUGCGUAGUUCUGGCCGAGCAGGGAGAUCCUCCAGCUCAGGGCGAGUCGGUGUUGCAAGCAAUGGGCCCUUCUGCCAGCGCUGGGUCAUGGCCACCCCCCCAUCCUUGUGGUCGUGCCUGGCCGAGCGCCAUGGGGCCAUGCUGCUCCCUACAUGCUGAGUGGGUGUAUCAAUGUUUCUUGAAUCUGCCCCCCCAAAAAAGUGUGACUGGUAUUCAUUUAGUAAAUAAUCUGCAAAAAAACAGUAGGUUGGUCAGUUUGGCCUUAGGUGUCAGCAUUCUAAGAACUGAUGAAAUUGGAUAUAUGUGUGUAUAUAUAUAUACAUAUAUAAAUGUAUAUAUAUAUACAUACACAACUUGGUUCCUGUCAAACAGUUUGGUUCACAGUGAGGUAAUAAUCCCCACACUCACCUAACCUCACGGGAGUGCCUGAGGCCACCAGUGUUAUGCGGUGGGUGUUCAGGCAUCUCUGUGUACAUAUGGAUAUAAUGGAUCUUUUCCCCUGCUCUUAUUCUUAAUCAAACUGGCAAAGCCACAGAACACUACUGGUGAAUGAGUAAAGAGUGUCAGUCACUCUUUCUAGUGGAAAAAUUGGCUGUUGGCAGAAGGCUGGGUCACUCCAAAACAAUGGGUCAUCUCAGCUUCCUGGAGUCAAAAAACAUGUCAUAUUUAUUUUAAGUAGCUAAAACACAAUUCCUGUUUUUAAUGAGAUUAGAGUAUACCUAUGAUUUUACAAGGGUUUCAUUUCAUAUUCAACUUGUUUUUAAUCGUAUGAUUAUCUUAAUCAUUUACUUUUAGGAUUAAAAAAAUUCUCAAUCAUAUGAAAAAAAUGCAAAUGAACUCUUCCUUUUGUGUAGCAGAAGUAACUGUAGUUGUAAGAAAACUCACAUCUGCUGUUGAGAAGACCCUGGAGGGACUGGGCCAACGUUGAGUGUCUGGGGCCGUGGCAAGGCAAAGUCAUCAGUGCCUUCUGGUUCAUCUUUUAGCUGUAUAAUUUGUGGCUCAUCUCUUCCUGUCAAGGCACUGUGGAUUUUGUUCAGUGAUGCGGUGACCCAUCCUCUUCUUGACACAGUUUUUUCUUCAACGGCCCGUCGUCGUCAGUGUGAGGGUGACCUGCACGGGGCUGCCCAGGUGUUGCUUAUCUGAAAGAACAUUAAUUAUAGCCAUUGUUAGGUUUAGUUAAUGUCCUUGAGUUUGACAUUAAAUUUUAAUGAGUGUUCAGCAAUAGCAGUAUAGAAAUUAAAAUUUCUUCACUGUACACCAUCACAAUAUGAUUCUUGUGUUCAUUUGAAGUCUGAAUUGAACAUUCCAAAAUAAGGGCAGCCAGCACUGCUCAGCGGUAGGCUGGCCCAAGGCAUGACCACCAGGGGCAUGACUGUGGCCCUAGCCUUGGCCCUUCUUAGCGAUCUCAAGGACUUCCGCUCUGGUAAGCAGCUUGUAAUACUGAUCCUGCCCUGCCGCUGCUACAGGAACACCUUCAACAGUCUUGGGGAACUGUGCGUUGUAAUGACAGAGCUGCACAAAUUCAAUUUUGAGCUUGAUGGAGUUAUUAAUCACCUUGCCUUCAACAAAUUAAUCAUAAUAACUAUUUAUAAAAACUACCAUAAAAAUAAGCUUUUUCAGUCAUGGUGGUCUUUGAGAGGUCACCUGAGUUUUAAGAUAAUGCUUAGUAUCUAAAAGUUUCCUGGAGGCUGUGCUGGCCCACUACAGUGCCACCUGUCUGCUGUAAAUAGUAGGAGUGAGGGGAUGGGAGGAGCUGGUCUGGUCAGGCACAGCCAAGGCUGACAGGCAUGUGGAGAGCAAGAGGGAGAAACAGUGGCAUAGUUUAAGCAUUUGCAAUGUACUACAUCAUAAUAAUUCAAUUAGAGAACCACUGAAGUAAACAUCUGCAGUAGCACAUAAAUAUCCUUGGAACAGCAUUUUAUAAUCAUGUUUUCAUUUAAAUGUAACUUGGUAGUUUAUGGUUUCAGCUGUCUGGAAAUAACACACUUCUGCUACUCGGAUUAUGGUCACCAAGGGAAUGUUAAAAAAAUAUUGUGUGUGGAGUGGUGUCUGAAAGUGUGUAUGCAUUAAUGUGCUUGGAUAAGUACGUACGUGUGUGUGUGUGUGUGUGUGUGUGUGUGUGUGUGUGUGUGUGUGUGUGUGCACCCAUACAUGCACACACAAGCAGAGUGGCUGGUCUGGAGGUGCUGUGUGGUGGUGGUGAUGGUGCUUGUAAGAAAUAGCAAACAUCCAGGAUCCCAAGACUUUGCUCCAUCUCAUCCCCUCAUGAGAAAUUAAUAAUUUGUGAUUGUUGUAGCCUCAAACUUGUGGAAAAUUUUAUUUAUUCUUUUGUGAGUUCUUUGUACAUUGUGAAACCUGUAAACUUUUUAAAUUAAAGUGGAGUAACAUCCAAA